GUUUCUUUAACUUGUUGUUUAUUUACCCUCAGGAGGACGGGGCAUAUGAAUCAUAUUGUUCCUCGGUUUAUUCAAAUGUCCCGUAUAAGAGUCAGUAUUUAGCUGUAAGUUUUGCAUAUCAGGGAUCCAGCGACUCCGCCGUCGUUCACAGCGCGGAUACAGUGGUAAACGUAACCGGUGUCCUCGCUCCGUCCCGUCCGUUAAUCUCGUGCCACCGCGGUGCUGCAUUAUUAAAGUGCUCCAAGAUGCCGAUGUUACUGCGAUCUAGACGAUCCCUCCACCCGAGCCAGGCGGCGGAGGCAGGCGUGGAGGCACGGGACGCGACCCCAAGAAGGUCGAUCCGCCUGCACGGGAAAAAGGCGACGGCUACGUAUGAGGAAUCAGAUGAGUCAGACUCGGAGCCGACCCAGGGCCCAGUGAUGGAGGAGCACCAGAGUGUCCCGGCCGAGCCAGAGCCAGAGCCAGAGCCAGAGCCGGAGGAGGCUGCAGAGGAUGCAGAUCUGACGGAACUGAAGCCCUGUACUGUUGUGCUGGACCGCUUUGGCGCUAACGACAAGGCUGCAAGAAAAGAGCGUGAGGAAAAAGAAGACAUGAACCGCAAAGGUGCAAAACCCACCUCUCGGAUCCCCACCUUCCAUAAACGACCGUCCGGCGGCGGCCAGAACACAGAGAUGCCUGUUCUCAAGAAAGAUACUCCAGUGCAAGUCACCCAUCCUCCCCAGAAAGCUGAGAGUGGAGGCGUUGAGGCUUCAAAGGCCAAAGUGCCUGAAGCCAGAGAAACAGCGCUUUCCCUGCCAGCGUUCACGCUCCCUAAGCCCACCUUGGAGGCCUCCUCGCCUGUCAGCGGCACACAACAACCACCUCCACCUCAUAGCGCCCAAAUUACUUCACCCAAGAGCUGGAGUUUCUCUGGGUCUGAGCAGCUCAUGACCGCGAGCCCCAGACCUGCCCUCAGACCAGAACAGGGCACACAGCAGCAUUUACCAGAGCAAGACCAAAGCAAAACCCCGCAAACCCGAGCUCCUGCCACCGCCGUGAGUCACCCUCCACCCACUUCACGGAGAGACGCGGCGGAGAUACAUGACGCUGACACCAGAAGCAGAUUUCACCUCAAGGCCUCCGGCGAUACAGAUAAGUCAGCGGCUGAAGAGAUGGUUGAGCACGUGGACGCUAUAAUGGACGAAGAACCACCGUGGGUGACGGAUCCGAUAAACACCCUUGAAUUAAAGGACAGUAGAUCAUCAUCGGAUGCUGAAUGUGAGGAGACUGUGGAAGGCGAGGACCCCGAGGGUGACGAUCCAGGGCAGGUGGAGGAGCAUCAUCACUGUGAUGUCAGCAGGAUGGAGUCUUCUGAAGAGGAAGCAGUUAAAAUGGAUGAAAAGCUCUUGCCUGCCUCAAAGGAGCCCACUAGAGUUAAAUCAGCCGAGUCACCUAAGCGGUCAGGCUGCUCCAGUUUGGUCCUCGGCGUCUUCCUGCCCACCACCCUGCUGCUUCUCGGGGGACUCGGUCAGCACGUUUGGCAUUAUGGGCUUCCCAUGUCCGUAGCUCAGCUCACAGCUCAGCUGGAACUGCACUGGCUGGAAGGUCUUGGCUUAGUGCCAGAGCCUUGCACCACGGAUUGUCGCGUGACUCUGGUGGAGAGCAUCCCUGUGGGUCUCUACGCGUCGUCCCCCUCGCCCAGACACAGCAUCGCAGACAGCUGGCUGCGUCUGCUGCACAAGGCCAACAGCUCCGUCCACAUCGCUGCUUUCUACUUCACACUACGAGGCAACGAUUUGGAAUCAACUGAUUCCCUUGACUCUGAAGGAACAAAGGUUUUUCAGCACCUAAAACAACUUGAAUCUAGAGGUGUGAAUCUCCAGAUUGCGGUGAAUGCUCCUCAGACCUCUGUCCACGACACAGCAGACCUGGCCUCGACAGGUGCAGAAGUCAGAGAGGUGGACCUCAAGGCUGUGACUGGAGGCAUCAUCCACACCAAGCUGUGGGUGGUCGAUCAGAAGCACUUCUACCUGGGCAGUGCCAACAUGGACUGGCGCUCCCUAAGUCAGGUGAAGGAGGUGGGCCUGUCUGUGGAGGACUGCGGCUGCCUGGCUCAGGAUGCGCUUCGUGUCUUUGGGGUGUACUGGACCAUUGGCGGCUUGAACAAUGGUUCCCUGCCACCGUACUGGCCCGCUCGCCUCUCUGCCCUGUCCAGCUCCCACAAGCCCUUGCACCUGAAGUUCAAUGGCGUCCCUGCGCGCGUCUACCUGUCUAGUGCCCCUCCUCAAAUCUCAGCCCGCGGCCGCUCCGAUGAUCUCUCCAGCAUCCUGUCUGUCAUCAACGACGCCCAGAGAUUUGUUUACAUAUCUGUCAUGGACUACCUUCCUCUGUCUGAGUUCACACAGCCGCUAAGGUUCUGGCCGCCCAUCGACUCAGCCCUGCGAGCGGCGGGCUGCACCAGGGGGGUCGAGGUGAGACUGAUGGUCAGCUGCUGGAAGCACUCUUCUGCCUCCAUGUUCACCUUCCUGCAGUCCCUGCAGGUGCUCGUCAGGCCUCCGCUGAAGUGCAACAUUCACGUGAAAAUCUUUGCAGUCCCUUCAUCGGUGGAGCAGAUGAAGAUACCCUUUGCACGAGUCAAUCACGCCAAGUUCAUGGUUACGGACCGAGUCGUCUAUAUAGGGACGUCCAACUGGUCAGAGAACUACUUCACUCAGACUGCAGGUGUGGGCUUGGUGGUAAAUCAGACGGGCUCCGAGGUCGGGUUGGACCAGCAGACUCUGCAGAGCCAAGCGGAGCACCUCUUCCUCAGAGACUGGAGCUCCCAGCACGCCACAGCACUCUCUGUUGACGACGUGGACGUCUGUCCUCAUGCCAGACAUUGAAGGUUUGCUGUUGAAUCACGCAUGGAGGAGGCCUGGUUCCCUCUUGACACUUGAACUUUAUUUUCCUUUUUGCAAAAAUCAGCAUGCUGCCCUGUGUUAACGGACACAGUUUAUGGCUGCUUCUUAACUGGCUGCCCUUGUCUGUAAAUAUUUGCAUUUUUACAUUUCGUUUCAGGACAUCUUAUUUUUAUACUUUAUUUUCCUCUGUGACUUGAGGCAUGUGGCUCAACUUAUAUGUGUUGUAUUUUUUCCUUCAAUUGUUCCCCCCUAAAUAAGAUGUGCCUUUUUAGUCUUAUGCAGAUUAAGCAUUUCCAAAGAGGUGUGUGCACCCUGUCUAUGUUUACAGCGCUGCAGCUAUUCAUGUCUGUGUUAGUGGAAACAUUUGAUGUUGGACAAUAAUAAAUUAUUGUACAUACUGUCAUAAGGAAAUACAACUAAAUGUUUGCCAGCGUAGAUGGGAACUCACUCAAAUAAGGGAGCGUGCUUUGGUUUUGAUUUCUCAUUUCUUUUUCUGGCACCUGUGUUACUGUACUGGUCAUUAUUGUGCUGUCUCCUUGACCAAUUCAUUACUUAGGUGAUCUGCUGGACUGACAAAUAAAGGACCUUCUGGCUCAGAGUGAAACAAGUCAA